GGGGGCUCUGGCCACGGCUGGUGACUGAGACUUCAGAGAGGGAAGCACCUGGGUCUGCUGAAGCCCACGAUAACCAAAGGGCCCACGUGACCUUGUGCUCUGCUCCGUCAUGACGAAAGUGCUCGUCACCCUCUGCGUCCUCGGCGCUCUCCAAGCAACCGCAGCAGCUCAGAAUGAAACGGGUACGCCUCUGGCCUGUUUCUAUUGCAAAUCUGGGCAAAGCUGUCACACCGUCCCCCAGACCUGCUCCCCGCCCCAGGACGCCUGCAUCAUCGUUCAAGAACACAACACGCUCGGCGCGGAGAAUUCGGGCACGUACCAGUCCUGCGCCGACUCCCGCCAGAGCCUCACGGGCUUCCUGGCUUUUUACUUCGGGGCCAAGGUGGCCGUGGAGAUCCGGUCGGAGAUUUGCAAGAGCGGUGACUGCAGUGCCGAGUCCACGCCCUCCAGGCGGGCUAUCAGCAACGUCCCCAACGGGCUGCAGUGCCCGGCCUGCUACGCCCCGGGCUUCGAGAGCUGCGAGAGCGACGGGAACCUGCGCUGCACGGGAGGUGCUGACCAAUGUGCUGCCGUCGUUGGGACGCUGGCGCAAGGUGGUGUCGCGAUCCCGUUUGCAGGCCGGGGCUGCGCUACCCGGGCGGCCUGUGGCAUCAAGAUGCUGGAAUCGGGGGUGUUCACCUACAAACUGACCAAUGUCCAAUGCAGCCCAGCGCCCAAAGCGCAGACCAGCAGCGCCACCCGGAGUCUGGCCUGGGGUCCCUUCACCCUGGGCAGCAUCGUACCCCGGGUGCCCCUUUUCCUCCCUGCUCUUCUGGGGCUAUGCCUCUGCUAAUGCCCCAUCUGCAUGACUGGCCGCCCCACAGGCCAUUAGUGUCUCAGUAUAACCAAUGCGCUCUGCCUUUCCCCGCGCCUGACUGUGCCUCAGUUUCCCCCUCUUUGUAAGGGGGAUAACAAUGGCGAGCUGCCCUUGCAAAGGUCUUUGGGAUCCCUGGAUGGGCAGGGGCUUGAAACAGAGUCCGAUACAGCCAAGAGGAGACUCUCUGCUAAUUCCGUUGGGUUUGGAGCAAAGUGCUGUGUAUUAUUAAUAUCCCCUCACAGCUUCUCCCCCAGCCUUUCAAAGAUCCCUGCGAGGGAAUAGAACCCUGGACUCCUGACUUGCAGCCCCCCAGCUCUAACCACUAGACCCCACUCGCCUCCCAGAGCUGGGGAUAGAACCCAGGAGUACUGGCUCCCAGCUCCCUGGAGACUCCAGAAAUGGUCCGAGUCCCCCUGUGCGUUUCAAAUGGCUCUGAAUAAAGCAUGAUCAGAGAUGCAAUCGCC